AACUGAAUUUUGAGGUUAUUUAUUUCAAAGUAUAUCUUUGCAUAUACAAAUAACGCUUCAGUUUAUAUACAUACAUUCAAAUAUAAAUAACGAUGUAUUAGUACUAUAUAAUGUUUUAACAAAUUUUAUUAUCAAAAUAGUAAACAAUGAAUGAAGAUCUCAUAAAACGAGUUAAAAACACUUUAAAAUUAGAAUCAUAUUCUAUGAAUGAAAUAUGGUUAAGAGAUUGUAUAGAAUAUUUUACUUCAGAAAAUGAUACUAUAGUAUAUAAUGAAAUAUUAAAAUUUGUGAGAACGCAAUGGCAAUUAAGUGAUUUACGUGAGAUUAAUAAUGAUAAUGGAUGUUUACCAAGAAAUCUUAAUCAACAAAUAUGUACAGUGUUACCUGGAACUUACAUCCUUCAGAUGAACACAAUGUAUGACAUAUCAACUUCAAAAUAUAAGCAGUUAGAACAGAUUCGUAAUGUUUCAAACGUUAACAUAGAAGCAACAGAAAAUAAUAAACCUCAGAUGUGGGAGCCUAAAACAAAGAGAAUGCUUCUAUUACAUCUAACAGAUGGUAUUCAAGAUAUUAGUGCUAUAGAAUAUAAAACUAUUUCAUCCCUACAUGAUACAUUAUUACCUGGAUAUAAAGUAAUGAUUAUCGGACCUGUGAAAUGCAGAAGAGGUAUUAUUUUAUUAGAAGAAGGUAAAUUUAGAGAAAUUGGUGGAGAAGUAGAAAGUUUAUCCAUCACUAAUGCAUUAGAAAAUGUUUUAGCUCGAGCUUUAAACUUUGCAGAAAAUCCAGAUCCUUAUAACGAUAAAAACCAAGAGAUUCAUAAUAAGAAAUCACCUGUUACAAAUGAUUUUUUUGAAGAUGAUUUUGAAGUAAAUUUGGAGGAAGUUACACGAAUUGAACAACGAAGUCAGGAGAUAGAUAGUGUACAAAAUAUAGACAACACAUCACAUACUAUAAAUAUACAGAAUAAUUUAUCUAGUACAAAAAACAUUAAACAACAAAAUUUUGUUCAUCCAAAAGAUACAGUUAACAAAAAUGAAGAGAACAAUAUGAUUGAAAUUGUUGAUAUGGAUGAUGAGUUAUUAGAAAUGAUAGAUGAAGAUCAAUUUAUUGCAUCUACCUCAUCUACAUCUAGUAAUAAUGGAAAUACAGAUAGAGAAAAAAAGAAUUUAGUAAAACCUUUUCGAGUUUUACCUAAAGAAGAUAAUGGUAGUAGUAUGGGAGAUGAUAUAGUAGUAGUGAAAGAUAAAUACAACACAUUGAAAUGCUCAACUGGAAAAAAAAGUAAUAAAGAACGAUCUGAUACGUAUUUUCCAGAGGAUGAUUUUGAUUUUGAUGAUAUUGACAUGUUAGAAGUACUAGAAAAGAAUGAUACACUAUCAAAAAAAAAAGAACCUGAUAUAAAAAGAAAUGAUCAACCAACUAGAUCAUUCUCACAGAAUAUUCCAGAUUCGAAACAUUCCACAACAGAUUCCACAAAAAACAAAAAUUCUUUUGAAACAUCAAAACUUAAGACAAGUAGCAUCAGUAGUAAUGCAGCAUCAUCUAGAGCUCAAGUUGAUCAGAAAAUAGAAAUUGGAAUUAAAAGAUCCGCAGCAUUGAUAUCACCACCAACUGAUAAUUCAUCAAAAAUACGUUGUAUCAAAGAAACAUCAAAUCAAGAAAAAGGUAUACAAAAAAUCUCUGACUUUAUGAAAACAAAAAAUGUACAAGAAGAAAUACCAGUGAAAAUUUGUGAUUUCAUUUGUGACAUAAUUGAAGAAACGGUAAAAGAAAUAACGUUUAAAACUGUUCGGGGACAGUUUACUACAUUUGGAAAAUUAUCUAGAAAAAAUUCUUAUUGGCAAUUAGAAGGAACAAUUUCUGAUAAAACUGCAGCUAUAGAUGUUUCUGUUGCUUCCGAGAUUAUAGAAAGAUUUCUUGGGUUUAGCGUUAAAGAAUUUUCCCAAAAAAGAAAGCUCGCAAAAAUCAAUAGUGAUAUAGAACAUGAAUUAAGAAUGGCUUGUCGUAAUGCAGAACAAAAAUUGAAACAAAUAGAUGCUUUAUUAGAAUUGGAAUUAAAGCCAGAUCAAAAAGCAAAAGUUGUAAAUAUUAGCUCAUUAACUGAUCAACAAAAGGAAUUAAUUGAUAAAAGACUGAAGGCACUAAAGAUAUAGAAAAUUCUAUUUCAAGUAUUAUUUAACAAAACAUUUGCUUUAUAUAGUCAUUAUUAUAUCCUAAUUUUUAUACUAUUAUGACAAGCUUUUUACAUUUUUUCUUAUUACAGAUAAAUCAUAGUUGAGUUUAUUUAAGAAAUGAUAACAUUUUAAUUGCAUUACAAUCUACGAUUUUAUUUUUUUAUGUUUUAAUUAUUUAUUUUUGUUAAAUAAAUAAAUAAACUGUUUGGAGAGAGAAUGAGUGAGAGAGUAAUAUACUCCUUAUUGCUUUAAAUAUUGGUCCAUGUAAGAAAGCCAAGAUGCUCCAAUUUAAAACUCGAAAGAGAGAAAAUUAAAGGGAGCAGUGUGCAUUCAUUUUCAAGUUUUUUCUUUUCUUUUCUUUUCUUUUUUUUUUUUUUAAAUCUUCUGUAAUGGUUGUGCACUCUCGUGAAUACCACACCCUGAUUAUGUGAAAGCGACGGGCAUUGUGCUAUGGUACAGGGCAAUCACACCUUGCUCUUCAAUGGCGUAGAAUCUAAAUUCAAGUUUGAGCAACGAA